GUUGGAGACGAGAGACGCAGCGCGAACCUGUUGGAGCGAGACGACGGCGAGUGUUUGGCGUGGCGGCCACCGUCGACGGCGAGGGUGUUGUUGGUGUUCCAACCUCCGUUCUUUAGCAAAUCACUCCCAUGUCGGUAGCUGUAGAGGGCGAAGCUGUGUCUUUUCAAGCUUCUGAAGCUCGUAAUGAUGUUCGUAGAAUUCUUGAAUCAUACUCCAAAUUGGCUGAAGCUGGAGAUUUUAAUGACUCUGAAAACACCAUCUUAGAGCUUGUCAAAUUCCUUGAUUCUUUAUCGGAUACUACUCUUUCGGAACCAGACGAUGAACGUGCGGAGAACAAUGCAUAUGGGGCUCUGUUCGAGAUCCAUCGAUACAUUUCUUCUCCUUCUCUUCAUCAGGAAGUUGUUGAUGCUCUUUCCUUUGAACUGCCAAAAGCUGUUUCUAAGUUCGGGAGCAUUUCAAGUAGACUUUUGGACAUGGCAAUUAGCAUCAUCGAUCAGUUAAUAGUGAAGUGUGGUCCAAGGGAUAUGCUUUCAAUUCUCUGUAAUACAUUAGGAUACUCAAGUAAGAUGACCAAGCCUGCCUGUUACAUUGUCUCUCCUUUAUCGGGGCUCUCAAAGGUCUUUAUCUCCAUUCAGAGGCGUCAGUUUGAGCAAGUUAAAGAAGCUGUUCCUAUGAUUCUUAAUGUAUUGAAGACUGUGUCUUUGGACUCAGAUGAAGAAGAACUUGAGGAUGUAUUUGUCAAAGCUGUUGAGAUUGCCAAAUCUAUACAUGAAGUUUGCGAUAAGUUGGAGAGUGUUAAAAAGGAGAAGCUCCAAGAACUUCUUGGUUUGUAUGUCCUGCAAUGCAUGGCUCUUGUUUCAACCAGCAUUAGCUAUAAAGCUGCCAUUUGUGAUUCGUUGGUAUUACAACUAUCACAAAUUUCAUCAUAUUGUGGUUUAUCAUAUCUCUUUCUUUUAACGACUUAUGAUGUCGAGACUGUGGCUAGCUCCGUUUUCGGAGAUGAUAAAGAUGACUGUAUGGGUUGUUUAUCUUAUGUCAGACAAGGUGCUGCCCUUUCAGUAAUUUGGGGGCAUGUCUCAGAGGGGGUUGCUCAUGCUGCUAAAGAAGAUUUGAUUGUCAUCAAGGAUGAACUUUGUAAUAACCAGAUGAAAAGGUGGCAAGCAAUAGGAACAUUAAAGCAUGUUCUUUUCUUUGUAAAUCUUCCAUGGGAGUUAAAGAAACAUACGAUCGACUUCUUGCUUAGCAUCACAGAUGGAAGUAUCUCUAGAAAGUGCAAUAAUGAACAUUCUGAGUUGUUAUCUUAUAUGCCCAAUGUUUUCUCAGCUUUGCAGGCUGUUAAAAUGGUUAUCAUGCAUGCCCCAGACCCAGAAGUCAGAAAAAAAUCCUUUGCUGUGCUAAAAGGAGUACUUGCAGAUAUACCAAUUUCUCAAAGGUUUGACAUUUUGAAAGCGUUGAUUGCAAAUACUGACUCUUCCUCCAUGAUUGCCAUCCUCAUUGAUCUUGUCCGGAGGGAAAUGCACACGGAAAUCUGCAGUAGGACAUCAGCUGUAAAAAAUGUCGCACCGAUAAAUAAUAAAGUACAUCCUGACAUAUCAUUUUGGAAUCCAAGUGUCCUUGAGUUGGUGGAGUUGGUACUAAGACCUUCACAGGGAGGACCUCCUCCCCUCCCUGAGCAGAGUGAUGCGGUGUUGUCUGCUCUCAACCUAUACAGAUUUGUAUUGAUGACAGAAUCUUCAGGAAAGACAAACUGCACUGGUGUCCUGUCAAGGAACACUUUGUUGAAGGCCUUCAAUGAAUGGUUGCUUCCUUUGCGGACCUUAGUGACAGGUAUAUUGGCAGAGAACAAGAAUGAUUAUGAUCAGCUUGCAGUUGACACUUUAUGCACAAUAAACCCACUUGAGUUGGUGUUGUACCGGUGCAUUGAGCUUGUAGAAGAUAAGAUAAAGGAAGCCACAUAGGCUAUCCCACUAGCCAAAACAUUUUUGAUAGUAUAUUUUUAGGGUAGAAUUGCCAGCAACAUAUAUGUACCACAUUUUCAAAACAUGAUUGUUAGAUGAAGUUCAUGUUAGUGGUGAGACUUAUUUCAUAA